CCUGGAUAGUUGCAGUGGAAGCUCGGUCGCUGACCAGCAAGUCAGCGCUGACCAGAGGGACCACCGCCACCAGCCUACACCCGGGAUACGUGUUGUCCAUUAACGAUGUGUUUGAUACCCAACUGCGGCGUGCCUGCAUUGGUGAACUUAUGUGUGGAGUCACUCCAGUGAAGCCAGAGAAAACAUUGACUUCAAUUAUCGUUUGCAAACAGGGAUGUCAUCUUUCAUUCGCAAGAAUUGCAACACUAUUUUACUUCAAGACCAACCUUCCCCUCUCGUCCCGGACCCCACCAAGCCAAGGAUGUCCACUCCGGUACGGGACUCCCUGUCCUCGGGCGAGGAUAUGGGUGACGGGGAGAUCAGCAUCAACGUGGGGGGUUUGAAGAGGAAGCUGAGCCGGUGGGUGUUGGCGCGGUUCCCGGACACCAGGCUUGGCCAGCUGCCCAGGUGCCACUCGGCCGAGUCCAUCCUCCGGCUGUGCGACGAUUACGACGAGGAGUUGAAGGAGUUCUACUUCGACAGGAACCCGGCCCUCUUCCCCCUGGUGCUCAACUCCUACCACACGGGGAGGCUGAGGGUGACCGGCAAGCCGUGCAUCUUUCGGCAGGAGAUGGAAUACUGGGGCAUGGAGGAGUUCCUCCUCGACCCGCCGUGCCAGGGACGGGCGCCAGGGACCGACCAGGAUGACGUAGAUGAGACGGCGAGCACGAGACGAGGCAGCACCACCUCCUCCCUCAACGAGGUGCUCACCUUUUACCAGGACGCCUCCAAGUACGACAGCCAGAUCUUUGGCAGCUGCCGCAGGCGACUAUGGCUGAUGUUCGAGAACCCUGGCUACAACAUCGUAAGCAGGAUCUACAGUGUCCUCUCCAUCAUCAUGGUCUUGGGGUCCAUAGCCACCAUGUGCCUGAACAGCAUGGACGAGUUUCAGCUGGUGGACGGGGAGGGCGAGAGACGGGACGACCCCCGUUUUGAGAUGGUGGAACAACUCUGCAUGGCCUGGUUCACCCUGGAGCUCUUGUCCAGGUUCCUGGUGUCUCCUGGGCCCCUCCACUUCUUCAGCCGCCCUCUCAACCUGAUCGACCUGAUGUCCGUAUCCCCGUUCUAUCUGACGCUGCUGGUAAACCUGGUGGUGGACAUCAGCCCCGCUCUGCCCAACCUCGGGCGCAUGGUGCAGGUCCUCCGGCUGAUGAGGAUCUUCCGCAUCCUGAAGCUGGCCCGGCACUCGACGGGUCCCAUCACCCUCAUCUUCAACAAGUUCUCCCACUUCUACCGGCGGCAGAAGAACCUCGAGAGCGCCAUGAGGAACUGCGAGUUUGACGAGGGCCUGGCCGAACUGCCCUUGCUCAACCUCCGUGACUUCUAUGCGGACACAUGGAAUGCGGUUCAGAACACGUGGAGCCCGACCAGUCAUCACAUUUGGGGCGGCACGGCACGGCGGUGGAGUUGCUGCCUCACGGCACCAGGGACCAAUGUUUGA